CAAGUAUCAUUUUUGAAUAAUUUUAUGUAACAUAUCAAGCGUUUGUUUUGUAUAUUCUGAUGUUUUCACAUGAAUAAACUCGAGAAUUGAGACCAACAUAGAGGUUGGGUAAGAAGGGGACUGGGGAGCCAUCCCGCCUGGAAAAUUGGAGAUUUGGGGACCUUCCAUUGGCCUUUGCAUCGAAACUGGGGGUGGGGAUGGGGACAUUCCACGCACUGAACAAAUUUGGGCCAAAAAUAGAAGGAAAGGGCGGAGGGCAUUUUCUGGACUGGGCUCUGGCUCCUUUAAUUCAGUUUAAAAAAUAGAUUAUUUUCAAUCCAAUUUUAUGCAUAAUUUCACUAGGGGGCUGAGACUGUUAAAAAUAUAGAGAAAGAGAAUUUCAUCGCUUCUUGAACUAUAUAAAAGAACGCGGAAAAUCUCAGAACCUGGACAAGAUUGAACUGGAUAAAUUAUCGCAGUACCUGGGAAGCUACAUUCUUGAGAGAACUAAGGAGGAUGGAGGAAUAAUGGAUACUACAACAUUGCAUGCCAUUGGUAAGACCAAUGGGAACCAGGGCAACCAAGGAAACCAGGGCAAUCAGAGGGACCAGGGAAACCAGGGGAACCAGAGGAACCAUGGCUCGAGAUUAAGUGUCGCUGUGUCGGAUAUUCUCGGGUUUGACAUGAAUAAGCAUCCUGACUUUAAGUUCUUUCAAGUUGCUUUACAGACUAAACUAAAACUUUCCAAGCAAGCUUUUGGUAAUGGAUUGAACGCUCAGCAAUCAGAUGUCCCUGAAGUAGAAGAGAUUUCUUACUUUUAUAGGAGCCCUUGUUGAAGCCUUUACUGGUUCUCUGGCAAUACAUCCUGAAAACUACGGAAAAUCCCUGACAAAGGAUCUACCUCUAAUCUAGUUAAACUGUCAUGCCACGAUGGGAUCCUUGUGCGCAUCUAACCAACAUAAACCAUCUAGCUUUGUGUAUAGAAAUUUAUGUUUUUUGAUAGAAUGAUUAUAUGAAUAAACUUUUAAGCUUCAUAAAAUUUU